UUUAAAGGAAAUAGAAAAUAACUUAUUCUGAGCCAAAUAUUAGUGACCAGUUACCUUGAAGGACAUGUUCUGUCAUGGAAGAGGUUACAUACAUGGACUUAAGAGUCACAGAAUGAAAGAAAGUCAUAAAUCACUAAGUUUCCCAGUCAUGGGGGGGCAAUCAGGCAGGUGGGCUACGGGCUGCGCAAGAUGGGGUGACGCUUUCCAUGGGGUUCAGAUGUUAUCACAGAGUAGAGCAUUCUUAGCCUUUGGGCUGGGGGAGACUAGAGGUUGGCUAAGCCUAGCGGUACAUUCCGAGUAGUUUAUUUUCUAGUCACAGGAAUGUUAGGUCAGAUACGAAAGUUAAAGGGGUCGAUAUUGAAGUGAGUAAGAUAGCCCGGGGUGACAGUGGUUCCCGACCUACAACAUAGCAUCUCUCCACAGUUCCGCUGUUCUCAACCAAGGUCAAGCAAGCUGUUGGGGUUUCCGAUGCAGUUUAGCGUUUGGAGACUUUGGUUCACACCCUCUUGUGCCUCGAAAUGGAGAGGAAGGUCUCCCAAGGAUGUUUGCACAUUUGUGUUCACGGCAACAUUAUUCACAGUAGGCAGAAGACGGGAGCUACUCCGUGGUGGAUGAGUGCGUAAGCAAAAUGAAAUAUUCAGUCUGCGAAAAAGGAAGGAAACGCCGCCCCUGCAGUGACGAUGAACCUUGAGGACAGGAAGUGCAGGGAAAGCGGUGAGGCCUAAGAGGACAAACACGGUAUGUAUGUGUUUACAGGAAGCACCGAGGACACACAGGCAGAGUGAGAGAGAAGAAAGGUGGCUUCCAGGAGGUCGUGGGGGGAGUUCGGAAAUUAGAGUUUAAUGGUGUUAAAAAAAAUUGACAGGAGGCUGUGGCUGGACGAAGGCCCAUGGACCAGACUCAAAGUCGAAGGGACUCACUCUAAAGUUCACAUCACCAAGCUGAAACUAAGCUGUGUAUUUGAUCUUCCAGGGAAAUCAGGAUUAGGAAGAUAAUGAUCAAACCUCCCAAAGAGGCCAGUUGCAAUUUGUAAAUAAUGGAGUCCUCUCUGCCUUAUCUUUUCUCUCCAAGGAUUCCUUGCCCGGCACGGUGACGCACGCCUGUAAUCCCAGCACUCAGAAGGCUGAGAGGCGGGAUCACUGUGAAUUUGAGGCCAGCGCGGGCUACCUGGUGCCACGGCCAGGCAGGACCUCUGCAUCGACCAGGCUGUGGUCUUCAUUGAAGAUGCUGUUCAGUACCGCUCCAUCUUCCACCGCAUGGAUGCCCGCUCGAUGUGGCUUUACCGAUGGUAUUACUCGAACCUGUGCCAACGGACUCUGAGCUUCACCAUCUUCUUGAUCCUGUUUUUGGCUUUUAUUGAGACCCCGUCCUCACUCACGUGGACUGCGGACGUGCGCUAUCGCUCCCUGCCCUGGGAGCCACCCUGUGGUCUGAUGGAGGGCGUGGAGCUGCUCUGCCUGCUGGUCUUCGUGGCUGAUAUCUCUGUGAAGGGCUAUCUGGUUGGGUGGUCCCAGUUCCAGAAGAACCUCUGGCUGCUGGCCUACCUCACAGUGCUGGUCGUGUCUCUGGUGGACUGGACUGUGUCCCUGAGUCUCCUUUGUCAGGAGCUGCUGCGCAUGCGCCGCCUCCUGCGUCCCUUCUUCCUGCUGCAGAACUCCUCCAUGAUGAAGAAGACUUUGAAGUGCAUCCGGUGGUCACUGCCGGACAUGGCCAGUGUCGGGCUUUUGCUGGCCAUUCACCUGUGCAUCUUCACAAUGUUCGGAAUGUUGCUGUUCACCGUCGGUGAGAAGGAUACGGAGCCGAACAGGGAGAGACUGGCCUACUUCCGGAGCCUGCCAGAGUCUCUGACCUCCCUCCUGGUGCUGCUGACCACCGCCAACAAUCCUGACGCCGAAAGUGAAUGGUGUUCUUUAUGUGGUGACAAAUGGCGAAGGUCAGUGGCCCCUCCGGUAGCCUCUUUGGGGCCUAGCCACUUUCCUCGUCGCCGGCCAGGCCCAGCUGAGAGGGGUUUCUUCUUUGCCUCAGUGAUGAUUCCUGCGUAUUCCAAGAACCGGGCCUACGCCAUCUUCUUCGUAGUCUUCACCCUGAUAGGAAGCCUGUUUCUCAUGAACCUGCUCACUGCCAUCAUCUAUAACCAGUUCCGUGGCUACCUGAUGAAAUCUCUGCAGACCUCACUGUUCCGGCGUCGGCUGGGGACCCGUGCUGCCUAUGAAGUCCUCUCCUCCGUGCCGGGGCAGGCAGGAGCCACUCCUGAGGCAAUUGGGGUGAGGCCUCAGAACUUCCUGCAGGUGCUUCAGAAAGUGCAGAUGAGCAGUUCUCACAAACAGGCCAUCAUGGAGAAGGUGCGUUCCUACAACAAUGUCCUGCUGUCGGCUGAUGAGUUCCAGAAGCUUUUCGAUGAGCUCGACAAAAGUGUGAUCAAAGAGCACCCGCCGAGGCCCCAGUACCAGUCUCCGUUUCUCCAGACUGCCCAGUUCCUCUUUGGCCACCACUAUUUCGACUACAUGGGGAAUGUCAUCGCCCUGGGCAACCUCGCGUCCAUUUGCGUGUUCCUGGUGCAGGAUGCUGACGUGCUGCCUGGGAACCGUGACGACUUUGUCCUGGGGAUCCUGGACUGCAUCUUCAUCCUGUACUACGUGCUGGAGCUAUUGCUCAAGGUCUUCGCUCUGGGCCCGUGGGGCUACCUGUCCUACCCCAGCAAUGUGUGCGACGGCCUCCUGACCUCUAUCCUGCUGGUUUUGGAGAUCUCUACUCUGGCUGUGUACAGCUUCCCACACCCACGCUGGAAGCCGGAGAUGCUGGGCCUGCUGUCCCUGUGGGACAUGACGCGGCUGGUGAACAUGCUCAUCGUGUUCCGGUUCCUGCGCAUCAUACCCAACAUGAAGCCCAUGGCCAUGGUGGUCAGUACCGUCCUGGGCCUGAUCCAGAACCUGCGGGCCUUCGGUGGGAUCCUGGUGGUGGUGUACUACGUGUUUGCCAUCGCCGGGAUCAGCCUGUUCCGAGGCACCAUUGUGGCUCCCUUUGGAAAUGGCAGCCUGGCCCCUGCCAAUGGUUCUGCAUCCUGUGGGAGCUUCGAGCAGCUGGAGUACUGGGCCAACAACUUCGAUGACUUUGCGGCUGCCCUGGUCACUCUGUGGAACGUAAUGGUGGUGAACAACUGGCAGGUGAUCCUGGAUGCGUACGAACGCUACGUGGGCCCGUGGUCCAAGAUCUACUUUGUGCUGUGGUGGUUGGUGUCAUCUGUCAUCUGGGUCAACCUCUUUCUGGCUCUGCUCCUGGAGAACUUCUUGCACAGGUGGGACCCCCAAAAUCAUGAACAGCCCCUUGCUGGGAACUUGGAGGCUGCCUACCAGAUGUCGGAGGAGCUUAUGUUCAGGGACAUCCUGGAGGAGCCCAGGGAGGAGGAGCUGACAGAGAAGCUGCGUCGUCACCCCCACCUGUGGCUAUGCAGGUGACAUCCAGAUGGCCUUGGAGACCUGAGACUGACGUGUCUGGAAGAGGCAGCUUAUGACGGCCGGCCAGGCAGAGAGCACUGUGCCUUUGACAGACCACGUCCUGGGACAGGCGGAGGUGGGGUGGGGACAGUCAGCAUCGCCGCCAGGUUCUCCCUAUAGCAUGGAUGGGACAGGGCUCCAGUGGCCUUGUGGGUGCUGCUCUCCUGCAAGCUGCUUGAGAGAGGACGUGGCGACUUCACAGGGCCCUUAAAGACAGCCCGGAAAGCAUGAAGCAGUGGCCUUCCUCUCAGGCCCUGCAGCCUCGGUGCCUUCACUGCUGGUGGCCUUCAGGGACCAGAGCCCUGCACAGGGUAACUCACAGAUUCCACGCACUGAAGUCGGGUGCUGCUGUUUUACACAAAGAGAAUGUUGAUUGUAUUUUAUUAUUUUAUGGAUUGUGUUUGUGUGAUUGGAUGUGUCAGAAUGCCACCAAUUUUCAUCAAUACGUAUUGCAAAGAAUGA